AACAGCAGCACUGUGAGUGAGUUCCUCCUGCUGGCAUUUGCAGACACGCAGGAGCUGCAGCUCCUGCACUUUGGGCUCUUCCUGGGCAUCUACCUGGCUGCCCUCCUGGGCAACGGCCUCAUCCUCACCGCCGUAGCCUGCGACAACCGCCUCCACACCCCCAUGUACUUCUUCCUCCUCAACCUCGCCCUCCUCGACCUGGGAUCCAUCUCCACCACUCUCCCCAAAGCCAUGGCCAAUGCCCUCUGGGACACCAGGGCCAUCUCCUAUCAAGGAUGUGCUGCACAGGUCUUCUGCUUAUUCUUCUUGCUUGGAGCAGAGAAUUCCCUUCUCACUGUCAUGGCCUACGACCGCUACAUUGCCAUCUGCAAGCCCCUGCACUAUGGGAGCCUGCUGGGCAGCAGAGCUUGUGUCCAGAUGGCAGCAGCUGCCUGGGGCAGUGGCUUUCUUCAUGCUGUCCUGCACACGGCCAAUACAUUUUCCCUGCCCCUCUGCCAAGGCAAUGCAGUGAACCAGUUCUUUUGUGAAAUCCCCCAGAUCCUCAAGCUCUCCUGUUCAGAUGCCUACCUCAGGGAAGUAGGGGUUCUUCUGUUUGGUGCUUUUUUUGGUGUUGGCUGCUUUGUUUUCAUUGUGUUGUCCUAUGUGCAGAUCCUCAGGGCAGUGUUGAGGAUGUCCUCUGAGCAGGGUCGGCACAAAGCCUUUUCCACGUGCCUCCCUCACCUGGCCGUGGUCUCCCUGUUUAUUUGUACUGGCAUGUUUGCCUACCUGAAGCCCCCCUCCAUCUCCUCCCCAUCCCUGGAUCUUGUUGUGGCAGUUCUGUACUCAGUGGUGCCUCCAGCAGUGAACCCACUCAUCUACAGCAUGAGGAACAAGGAGCUGAACGAUGCAGCAAGGAAAUUCUUUGGAUACAUGCUUCAAACAAGUAUUUGCAUAAAUGUUUCUUCAACAUUAAUCACGUGCCUGUAA